GUGAGUUCAAUGGGAUCAAUGAACACUGGAAUCUCUGUAUUAUCAGCCGACUGCAUGACAGCUAACGCCGAUAUGAACAAUAUUUCGGCCAAUAUUAACGAUUGGAAACGAUAUCACUCAUUAUAUUUUUUAUUUCUUGCUUUCAGACAUGUACAUUUUUGUAUCAACCCGUCUCGAAAGCAUUUGUUUCUCAUUAACCGGUCGGAAAUUAUUCAUCUUUAACUAUAUUUUUUAAAGUAUCAAUUUUUUUAAAAUAUAGGUCUAGGUUCAAGUAUUAAGAUCGCUAGCUUUUUAAGAUGUAUUGGCCAUCAUUAUCGUUCACUCUAAAACGAAACAUCUGAGAUUGCAGAAAUAAGAUGGCUAAUGAUGCUCGUACCAGUGUAAAGAGAAACCGAACUUCCGCACUGGUAAGGAUAGAGAAACAUACUGAAAUAUUUGCGACUAUGUGUCCCGAUGAAAUACUGGAAUUUUAUGGAGAUUAUGGCACCAGAGCUUAUUACACUACCUUGAUGCUUGGAGAUGUUUCAGGUUUUACAGAACUGACCGAAAAAUACACGAAUUCAGGGAAGGGAGGUCCCUCGAAACUGACAGAGACUCUAAACAGUUACAUAGGUCCAAUGGUCCAGGAAAUACUCUCUCACCACGGAGAUGUCCUGAAAUUUUCUGGAGAUGCAUUCAUAGUCAUGUGGAAAUUGCAUGAGGGGACAGUGAUGAGGGAUCUAGCUUCUGAAGCGGUGCAAACAGCUUGCAUCAUUCAAAAGCACUUCGGAAAAUACGAGACCGACGUUGGAGUGACCCUCCGAGUUAAAUUGGCGAUAGCGUCUGGAAGGACGUACUUCACGUCCAUCGGCGAUCCCCGGAAGAUUUCUCACUAUAUCAUCACUGGACAGCCGGUUUGGGACGUUAAAUUGGCUGAGGGUCUUUGCAAAGGCGGUGAUAUUAUCGUCGCCCCCAGCAGUUGGCAAUGGGUCGACCCAAGUGAAUAUGUAUUCAAAAUCCUUCCUGAUGGAGUACAUACUCUCAUCCUCUCAUGUAACCUUAUGUUAGAUCAGGCCAAAGGGAUCUAUGAGGACAGUGAUAUCGCCGUAAACACUGAUACGAAGUCAGAUCAAAAUAGUGAGAGGCUCUUCCCUAAGCUAUCUGUCCUCAAUCACAUUGGUCCUGAUACCUUGCGGACAAUGAGGAGAAAUCGCAGUGAAAUGAAAACGUUCUCUUCACCUUUUAACACAGACUAUACUCUCAGACCUAAAGUCAUUGAAGUGACCCAGCAGCGAUUGAAAGAUGAACUUCAAAGCUACGUAUUGAGACCUGUCGUGAGAUCUGUCGAAUUGGAUGAGCCCUUAGAAUAUUUAACAGAAAUGCGACAAGUUGUCAUUAUUUUUCUUAAUGUCGUUACGGCUAAUAUCUCACCGAGAAAACUUAUCUCCUUAGUAAAUGAUAUUUACAAACUCACUUGUGGAAUUGUCAGUGGAAUGCAAGGAUGUGUUAAUAAAACCUCCCUCUUCGACAAAGACCUCAUGUUCCUCUGCAUCUUCGGUCUCCGCGGGGAUAAACACGAAUUCGAGUCCCAAAUCGGACUUCGGUGUGCAGCGAAAUUGAAAAACGAGUUGAACAAUGUGAAGGGGAUUAAAUCUGUGACAAUUGGAGUGACAACCGGAAUGACCUACUGCGGAGUCGUUGGGCACGUUCUGCGUCGAGAGUACACAGUAAUUGGAAUGGCUGUUAACAAAGCUGCGAGAUUGAUGGUUGCCUACAACAAUAAAGUUGUCUGCGACCGGGAGAGCUUUCUCCACUCGAGACUCCAAGCGAGACAUUUCAUGCUGCAGGAGCCCAAGGACCUCAAAGGAAUUACUCAUGUUGGACCCAUAUACGAAUUUUUAGAGAAGUCAAAACCCGACGAUACCGAACUGAUUUCCAAUCUAUAUCCAUUACUAGGACGAGAAAUAGAGAUGAAAUUAUUUAAACUGAUGUUCGCUGAUGUAAGAAAGAAUUUUAAAUCGAAGUCUAAAGGAAAUCAAUCAAAAAAAUCGCUUAACGUUCUGAUCAUUCGGGGUGAACCGAGAAUCGGAAAGUCCCGACUACUCGAUGAAAUAUCUGGAGAAAUUCCCAAGGACAUUGCCUGCAAUUACAUUAAUCUCAUCACAGCUGAUAAAGAGACACCUUUCGGUCUCAUUCACCUCAUCUUCAGCGCUCCCCUCCAAUUCACGGCCUCGACGACCUCCCAGACCCGUGAGAAUACUCUCCUUUACCACCUGAAAUUUCUCCGCUACCCCGAGUUCCUCUGCGCCCUCAACCCCGUCUUCAACGUCAAAUAUCGAGUGUCCUCCUACUACCUAAACCUCACGUUCUCCGACCGCCGAUCGAUUCUUCAAAAGCUAAUCUUCAAACUCGCACAAUCCUGCUUCACCCAUCCCUGGGUCGUGAUAACAGACGACGCUGACAACGCCGACAGUGAGUCCCUCUCCCUCCUCCCCACCAUCAUCGAGCACGAGAACAUUUUCUUCGUCUUCACAUUCGGCGAGAUGGAGAUAACCGAUCGUAAGCGCCAGAUCUCCAAAAUCCUAGAGAAAGCAAAAAUAAUUGACCUAAUGGGUUUGGACAAGUGGUUCCAUGCAGGUUUAGCCUGUCAGCUGCUGCAUGUCUCAGCCAUUCCUGCGGAACUGGAGAAGGUGAUCCAGGAGAAAAGUAUGGGGAAUCCUGGAUGGAUUGAGAGCUAUCUGUUGAGUCUACUACAAAUUGGGGGUAUUCAAUUGAAUCAGAUCCCCAAGAAUCGUCUGAAGGAGACGGGCCUUGUGGCUCCCCCAGCCAUAAUGUUGGAACAAAGGAACCGAAGUAACAUCUACAACGGUGAAACUGAUGAGACCAUUGAUGAGCCAACUGACGGCUGGAGGAUGUAUCAAGCUACUUACGGAGAGAGUUACAUUUGUGUCGACCAUAAAAAGGAAUUUACUACUGAUGAUGAUGAUGGUGAGGCACCGCCAGAGGAUGGUAAUCAUCACGAAAGACAAUCAGAUCCUAUGCGAAAUCAGGAAAGGUCAUCAAAAAACCAGAUCCAUGAUUAUCAGAGACAGGGGGAGAAUGUAGGUCAUCGGCAGGCAUCAUCAGAAGCCUUCGAAGAUAAUCCCAGAAGCUCAAAUCGCAUCAGUGACAUCCCAUAUGACGAGACAUCACCAGAUCUAGCUGAUAAACCAGACUCAAUUGAUGUCUGCCUAGUUCCCAACAUUUCAAUCCUAGAUGAAGUUACGCCAGAAGUUACGAUGGACGUAUUGAUCCUCAAACUCUUUGACUCACUCACUCCUCUUGAUCAAUACCUUCUGAAAUGCGCAGCAGUGCUGGGAGAGACUGUCGACAGGUCAAUGCUGGAGAAAUUAAUGGUCGAAUCGUCUGCUUAUGACGUAGCUGUUGCAGUUGUCAAUUUGUUUAAUAUGAGAAUUUUGGGGUGCGCUGCUGGUGAUUUCGCCAGGAGUAAUGCGCCCAUAAUGUUCUUUAGAAACAUCAAGAGCCCUCAUCUGGGAACUGAGAUCAAGUGUGCAUGUCCCAGGGUCGGAGGUAGAACGGGGCUGGAUGGCUUCCCGGUGUACGCUGAUUGUCGCCUGAUGAGGUUCAAGAUUGCUAAAUUCAGAGAGACGACGUACCGGUUAUUAACGGAGUACCAAAAAAUCGAGCUACAUAAGAAGGCGUUGAAGUACCUCCAGAGGAACACUCGGAGGUGUGGCCCCUGUGGAAAAGGGUUUUUCACGAAGUUGAUGGGGAAAGUCUAUGAGGAAAAUGGUAGGGAGUCGAAGAGGAUGAUAAAUGAUUAUGAGGAACUAUCGGACUUCGGUGAGGGGACCUCCGAUGUUACCGAUAGAGACGAUCCUGCACAGCGGAAAAUGGGGAGACGGACUUCGUUGGUUCUCAGCCAUUCGGUGGGACUGGUGAUCCCCAAUACCUUUGAGACCGUCGAUUUCAGGGAUUGUCAGUGCAAUUUGAUUCUGAUUAAUGCUUAUGCACAAAUUUUGGAACAUUGUAGGGGAAUUGACAGGAAGGACAAGACUCUUACGACUAUUCUGGAAUUUGUGGAGGUUCUGUUGGAGACCUGCAACGUGGCUUAUGCUACUAAACUGCUUUGCGAUGCUGAGGAGAUUCUGGGACAGAUUUUCAAAGGGGAUGAAGAUGAAUUGGUGAGGUUUCCUCUUCUGAAAGCGAAGAUCAGGACUCUCCAAGGCAAGUGUCAUCUUCAGAUCCGGCUUGUGGAUGAGGCGUUGAAGUGUUUUGCAGAUGCUGUGGAAACGUUGAGAUACGAUUUCCCGAAGACAACACCCAUGAUCAAUAUUAAGUCAAAAAUACUUCUAGGAUAUCAGAAAGUCAUGCUGAGGUACUGGGGCAAGUACUUAGUGGGAAUGGACGAGGGAGAUGCUGCGGAUUAUAAUGAUCAACUGGCCAUAUGUCUCUCGCAAUUAUUUAUCGUUUUCAGGAUGAAAGAAAUGCACGAUCAUGCAAGACUGGCCGCAAUCUGGAGUCUGAAUUCCGCAUUAACAUCAAAUAAUAAUUUUGUGACGAUGUGCCAUGCAUUUGCUAAUAUGAUAAUCAUUGCUGAUAAUUAUCAAUACCAAAGUAUGAUUCCCUGGCUCGAAAACAGUGGAAUAUCGUUCUGCAAUCAGAGAGUAGAUGCCCUAGAACUUCAAGAAUUAACAGCAAUUAUUGAAUUGUACACAAACAUUUCUUUCUCCCGAUUACUCAGAGAAGAAAGAGUGCAAGCUAUUCACCUAGGAAAUAUUGCUAUGAGAUUGGCAAGAACUGUUAAAUCCGUGAGACAAGAAUUGAUGAUUUUUCCAAGAAUAAUACAGUCACUGAUGGUUGAAAAGAAAAUCGAGAAAAUCGUGUCAUUGAUGGGAGAGUUAGAAUCAAUAUCUAAUUCUAUCAUCGAUCAAUCCGGUCGUUUAUGGUACUACGCUUUCUGUAUUGAUCUGCAACUGGACUGUGGGAUUACCAUAACUCAUUUUAACGAGUGCGAGAAAUUUUAUCAGAGAGAGGGAGAGCCUGAACUUCAUUUGAAUGAUCCCGAAGCAAAGAAAAGAUUCUUCACGUCCAUGUGGCUUUGGUGUGUGAGGAUGGGUGACUGGGAACGAGCUAUUAUCUGGAAACAGAGGCGAGUCUCCAUCAAUUACUCAAUCCAUGAACUGAAUGUGCUGACUGGAGUAACUGCUUUAAAAAAUCUGGAGGGACUCAUCAUUUAUUACGUGCACAAGAAGGAUAGUCGAAACUCGAAAGCAAUGAGAGAUACGUUGUUAGAGAUAGAACGACAGUUCAAGAUAGCUGGAAAGAUCAAGAGAUUCAUAAAAGUCUGUAUCUUCAGAUAUACUCUAUUGAGGGCUUAUUUUUACAUGGUGCGAGGUCAAUUCAGGAUGGCUAUGAAACAAUUCGAUAAGUUCAAGACCUUUCGAACCGAUGGAGAACACAAUUUGUUAGCCUCGUGGGCUGAAUACUGCAAGAAAGUAAUAAUUCAUUUUUUUAUAUAAAACAAUGUCCAUUGAAUAUCAUUUAUUCAAAAAAGUACAUUAUAGCGGAAUUAUUCACUGAAAUAUGCCCAAAAUAAUGAAAUGUUAUCAAACUUCUUCGACUUUGUCUCCCCAACAUCCCAAUAACUGGAUAUGAUCGAAUAGCUAUCGCGGCCCAGAUGUCGUUCAGGAGAUGUCAAUACACAAACUCAAUUGUUCUAGGUCUGGACAAAUUCUCCAAAUCGCCAGGAGACUAUUUGGCAAAAGACAUGUUUCAAGAAUGAUAACACAAAUUCGAUAAUUUACUACGCCCUGCCUCUCCCCAAAAACGUUCGAAAAUCACUCGCAAAAAAAAAAUCAACAAAAAAAUUUCAUCCGAUAUCAUCCAAAGGUUCUCGUGAAGUGACGACCAGCAAUAGUGACUCUCAAUAAACUAACGUUUGUAUUUUAUUCGAUAUUAUAUACACAGUGUAAUAAACCUUAAAAAAUUACCACAGUCUCUUCUUCGUCUGUGAUACAGAAGUUAAAAUCCAGGUUUUCUUCUCUGGCUUGAGAAUUUGCGCCUGCUUGUGCCUGGGGUGAGUAUGACACCGAACUGUCAAUCGUCCCUUGUCCCAGAAGAAGAAGCAGUCAUUGCAACGAAGUUUUAGACGUACUUUGUACUUCAAGCCACAG